CCUUAUAGAUUUGGCAUGUGAAAAAAGUUACGAACUUGAAUGUUUUUUUCCUUUUAGCCAUUUAUCUAAGAACGAAGCUACUAUCCAUUGAUGUCACACUAUAAAACGUAUUGAUAUCUUGCGAAAAUGCAGAAGAGUCCUGCAUGCCCGACCUGUUACAACAUAUUUGGUGCUAAAGACAACAGAGCACAGGGCAACCGUACACCCCUGUUGUUAAGAUGUGGUCAUACAUUCUGUGAAGGAUGUAUCGUGAAGCUGGCCAAGUUGAAGAACAAUGUCGUCCAGUGUCCAACAUGUCAGAAAGACACUCCUCUAAAAGAUGGCGUGAACAGUCUUUGGCCAGAUAUAUAUGUCCUCGGACUGUUGUCUAUUAACAAACGGUAUUCAGUUGAUCAUGAGUUAAAACUGGCUCCAGCUGGUAUGAUCAAAGUUCCUCAGAAAAAGAAGCCUGACAAUUGCCAGCAAAGUGAGAUACAACCUUGUACUGAAUGCAAUAUCAACUCUGCAACUUGUAGAUGUCUCAAGUGUGAUUGUAUUUUCUGUGGCGUAUGCUUUGACAGGGUUCAUUCUCAUUCUAAAGCUCUACAAAAGCAUAAGGCAGUGUCUAUUGGAGCUGAGGGGGCUAUAAUGACUGAAAAGUUCUGUUCAGAGCAUAAUGAUCGACCAAUAGAAUACUUCUGUGAAGACGAUGAUUCCUCUAUAUGUUCUCAUUGUGUUAUUGUGGGGGCUCACAAAGGACACGCUAUAUCAUCAAUGGAAGAAAAGAAUCGCCUAGCACUUGAUAUGCUGGAACCAGCCAUGGGAAUCGCCAGUGCUAUUCACAAGCGACUAAAAGUCUCAGAAAAGAAACUGAGCAGUGCCAUCCCUGAUAUCAGAAUAGAGAUGAGUCAACUGAUUGAUGAUGUCAAAACUCAGUUCCAAAUGUUACAUGGAGCCUUACAGGCGCGUGAAGUGGUACUCAUUGAUCAGAUAGAGUCCAUAUUUAUGGCAGAGACUGCACCUUUAGAAGAGAUGAAAGUGAAACUGAGUGAAGAAAUACGAGACAUGUCAGUUACACUCGGGGAGAGCUACAAAGCGUUACAUAAUGACAAACAUGUGUUUAUGAAUGCUAACACGAUCUUGGAAAAACUGAACAGUGUGAAGACAUUCCCCUGCCAUGUCAUGUCUACAGAUGACAGCCAGGAUAUAAAGUUGACCUUUGAUGAUACUCUACUAAAAGCACUUGAAUCACAUGGAACCAUAGAGAGUGACACAAAUCCUCGAUUCAAGAUCGUAACAUUAAAUGAAGUGCCGGAGGAGGAGAGCGAAGAUAAUGAAAGUGAGGUUGCUGAUACGGCAGACACAGAAAGUGUCAUGUCUGGAAUUUCUGGCACAAGUGGGGCAGCCUCAGCUAUUAUUGAUGAUGUCAUUGAAGAUGACACAAGUGACAGCUCCAGUGCUACAGGCAGCCAUAUUGCACACAGGAAAACUCUGGGCAAACGUCCUCAAAAACUUCUCUCUUUCUUGAGACAAGAGCUUGUGUACGUGACCCAUAUCAAGAACCCAUGUAACUUUGUCAUACAGAGGGUUGCAGAUGGGGACAGACUCAGGUCACUGUCAAGGCUUAUGAACAAAUGGUGCGAGAGUCUAGAGGCCAGGGGACAUAUUCCAAACACAGUCGAACCAGAUGAUCUGGUGCUAGCAAAGUACAAUGCAGAUAAUAACUGGUAUAGAGCAAGAGUGAAGCGUCUUACCACUGACCCUGCCAACAUGGAGAAUUAUUCCAGUAAUAUGGUAGAGGUCUAUUAUGUAGACUAUGGCAACUCUGAGACUGUGGCUGUAUCUAGGUUGCGUACAAUACAGAAGAAAUUCCUCAAGGUUCAAGAAUUGGCAGUCAAUUGUUCACUGGUGGAUAUAGUGCCCCCUGAUAAGGCUUCUAAUUGGUCAAGUGAAGCAAGUGAAGAGUUUGCAAAGAUGAUAGCAGAAAAACCCAUGCUUAUGACGGUUAUAAACCACGCAAACAGUGUGAUGUAUGUUGACCUGAGUAAGCCUCCAAAUGAAGACAUUGAGGAUGACCGUCCUGUCUCUGUCCGUGAUGCUCUCGUCUUCCUUGAGCUUGCUGUGUUUCUCUCUGAGGCUUCAGUGGAAAUUCCAGGACGACCUUCAUCUUUCCCUGUGAGGAAGUACCUUACCCCUGAGUUACCAAACAUUGGGGAGAAGAUUGAUGCACAUAUAAGCCACGUUGUUCACCCAGACCAGUUCUACGCUCAGCUGAUUGGGGAUGAAGCGGUCUACUUAGCACAGAUGAUGAAUGAUCUGCAAACAACAUAUAACAAGGACAGGGGUGAUUUAUGGUCUAUAUUCUGCCCUCAGCGGAACAUGAUUUGUGUCUGCCAAUUCUCCGAGGACAACUUGUGGUACAGGGCUAAAGUCACUAUGCUCCCUGGCAGACGGCGGGUUGAGGUUCAAUAUGUGGACUUUGGCAAUGUCGAGACUGUAUCAUACUAUAAGCUGAAGAAGAUCUUGGACUCUUUCCUAAUACUACCUACUCAGGCCAUACAGUGCAGCUUGGCUGAUGUAAGACCCCUUGACAAGUCAAAUGGAUGGUCCAUGGCGGCCAUUGAUUGGUUUGGGAAUGCGGAUAAACGCAAACUGAGAAUUGAAAUUGUUGGUGUUAAGCAAGGCAAUAUCUUAGAGGUUGUCCUAUAUGAUGCGUCCAAUCCUCAUGUUGAAGAAAUAUGUAUAAACAGUGAGCUGGUACGACAUGAUCUCGCCAUCAGUACUGGACCUAGGUCUCUCCCUGCUGACCCUCUACCGGAGAACCUAAUUCAGGAAAGUCCCUCUCUUUCAAAUCAUAUAGAUUCUCCUAUCACGACAACCUCCCACCAUGCAUCAGUAUCCCCACCCAGACAAAUAACCAAACCUAAGGAAGCUACACCUACACCAAAGGAAAUGUCACCAGAGAGGAAGAAGGCACCAGAUCGUAAGAUGUCCAAGGCUGUUAAAGUGAGCCACUGUGAGUCCCCUUCAGAGUUGUAUGUCCAGUUAGCUACAGCAGGAGAGGAUGGACUUGAUGAGCUCAUGUCAGGACUGCAGAGUGAAUUUGAAGGCUCUGAUUAUAACCCAGUAUCAUGGCAUGAGAUGGAAUUCUGUGCAGCUAGGUACUCUGUAGAUACCCUAUGGUAUCGAGCACAGAUCAGGAAAAUAUUACCAGAUAAUCAAAUUGAGGUGUUUAUGGUAGACUAUGGCUACAUCGACACACUACCAUUGACUGAAACACGUGUUCUCGCCAACUCUGACGACCAACCACAUUGUUUCUGCAUACGCUGCCAUCUAUCUGAUAUCUGUGCUGCGGGAGAUAAGAAUUCUUGGUCUAGAACCGCGUGUGAGGCGCUUGGUGAUGUUGUUAGGGCAAACCCAGAGUUGUAUAUUGUAAACAAGAAUGAGAUGCUGGGUGAUUCCCUAGCAGUGGAUCUGCAGGUAGAGGAGAAGAUAGAAGGUGAUGCUCUCACCCCCUCCACUGUAGAAUACAUCAGCGUCAGUAAGGUCCUUGUUGAGAAAGGACUUGCAAUACCAAUCAGAAGGAAGAGCCCCGAGUCUCCUAGUAUGCCAACUACUCCUGAUCCAUCAACUGCCUCAGUCCAACCAUUCUCAUCAUCUCAGUUCCAACCAGACACAGACAAUCAACCCACCACCCCUAGUCUACAACCUAACACCCCUAGUCUUCAACCCACAAUCCCUAGUCCCACAAAUGAGGAAACUAAUCAUGCAAUCGAUACAUCCAAUGCUGGAGGUGAUAAUAACAUUCUAAUUGAUAAAGAGAGAAGUCCUGAGAACAUAAAAGCUGAGACCAAAAACCGACAAGGGGAUUCAGGCAUUGUAAUCGAAGACCCUGAACUUUCUGCCCAGCAGUCACUUAGCUCAGGGUUAUCAGUGGAAGAAGACUCUUCAGAGGCCCCAUCUGAAUCCAGUAAACCAACUCCAGAUAUGGUUAACGGUAUAGUUGAUGUUGAAGACCCUUAUCAAGUUAUUAAAUACCUCCCUGCUCCUGUGCCAAAGUCGAACCUUUUGGAGAAAGUAGUUCCGACAUAUGUGGGAAGUGACGGAACAAUAUUCCUGCAUGAAGUGAAACCAGAAGAGGACCCCGAGGGACGUAUCGGAUACCUACUACAGGAGAGUACGCCAGAGAAAAUAGUCCAGGACCAUUAUAUUGCAAAGCAAAAUCGUCAUCGUUUCAUGAUUCCUCGUGAUGGGAAUUGUCUCUAUAGGGCAUUUAGCGAGGGUAUAUUUAAAGAUCAAACAGAGCAUAUGGCAAUGAGAAAAACAGUGGUGAAUAAUGUUCUAGAUCGCUGGGAUGAUAUUGCUCAUCUAAUGGGUAUGUCUAAAGAACAAUAUGCCGAUGAUAUGGCCAAAGAAGGUACCUAUGGAGGAGAACCAGAAAUUCAUGUUAUAUGCUGGGCAUAUAAUAUUACGGCCAUUGUUCACUUUGGAGGUUUUAAGUACCCUGUUCAGACGCGGAGAUAUGGUGAGGGGCAGAGAGGCGAGGUUGAAGUUGCAUAUUUAUCUGAUGGCAAAAUAGAUGGGGGACACUAUGAUCUUGUUUUAAAACACAGACGACCAAGAAAUGAAAUUUAUGAAAAGUGGCGGGAGGAGAGAGUUCGGGAAUUGAAAAAAGAAAGAUCUUAUUCUGAUGUCACAAUAUAUGAUGACAGCAUACUGGACCAACUAAUGAACCACCUCCAAGACAUGUACAAUACAUCAGAGAUUGACUAUGACAUCACAAUACCAUGGCAGAUUGGACAAGCCUGUGUUGCAAGGUUCACAGAUGACCAAAGCUGGUACAGGGCAAAAAUCACCAAUGUCUUUGAGGAUGCGGUUCAGGUGCUUUACAUCGACUUUGGUAACAGUGAGCGUCUCUCCCUGCAGAAUCUCAGACGUAAGGUUAUUAUGGCAGAGAUACCCCAAUUCACUCUAGAGUGUAAACUACAUGGCAUUGUACCUAUAACCAGUGACGGCCAGUGGUCAACUGAGGUGCUCACUUUCAUACAUGAUGAGAUAGUCAACAAUGAUUGCACCAUUAUGAUCAAAGGAGAACCUAAAUAUGGGGAGCCUCUGGAGGUAGACCUUGUUCUCCCUAACCAACAGGACCUUGGAGAGUUCCUCUGUUUCACUAGCAAGGCCAUGAAGAAUGAGUAUUAUGAGGCAUAUCUCUCAACUGUGUCGCCAUCUUUCAGCAAAGUUGAUGUACCAGAUCUCACUGAGGUUGUGUUCCCAUAUGAGCCUAUGCCACUACCAGAUGUAGGAGACUUAUUUAAGGUAUCAGUUACCAACAUGGGCACAACUCCAACACAGGUCAGCAUCCAGCACUGUUUGGAACCACAUACUGAUGAUCCAAACAAGAAGGAGUUCAACUCUCAACUAGAACAGCUGGAACAAAUGGCUGUUCUGUUGAAUUCACAUGCUCCCACUGCUGAUCCAUUAGAUAUUGAUGAUAUCCAUAUUGGUACAGCCUGUCUAGGUCAGUACACAGUAGAUGACUGCUGGUAUAGAACUGAGGUAUUAGCCAAGGAGACUGUAGGAGAAGAGACCAGGAUUCUUGCCUUGUAUGUGGACUAUGGUACCGUGGAGACCAUCACUAUUGAUAGGAUUCGUACCAUAUCAUGGGAAUAUCGUAUGUUACCUGCUCAGUCCAUGCGCUGUGAAAUCAAAGGGCUUGUACCACCAGGUGGCGCAAGUACUUGGUUACCUGCUGCUGUUGAGACGAUGAGUGAAUGUAUUGCCCUUGAACCACAGAUAGCAUGUAUCAAGGACAUACUAGAAGGCAAGCGUCCCCUUAUUGAACUCUACAAACCUCCAGCUGAGGUAGGACCUGAUGGUUUACCACUCGAUGGCUCAAGAGGUCUACAAUACUCGUAUAAACCACUUCUAGACUGUGGUAUUGCUGUACUAAAGGAGGAAUGAACUCUCAGUAUAUAUGGCGUAUUUGCAACAAGUAGGAGAACUCAGUUGAUAGUAUAUGGACACUGAGGCGGGCGCUGAGGUACCUAGAAUAACUGUAGAUUUACAGAGAAGAUGAUAUUAUAUUUUCACAAAUUGUCAAAGAUGGUGUUUAUUCACAAAAGACUUGUACAAUGUAUAUUGACUUGUACAUUGACAAUGUAUAAAGACUUGUGCAAUGUAGAUUGCUAGAAAACAUUGUUCACAAAUAAUGAAAAAUGCAUAGAAACCCCAAGAAUCUGCAAGUUUCCUAUCAUAAACUUGUAGUUACAUACCGGUAAUUAUCUUGUAUUAAAACCUUAAAUAAGCAUUUAUAAUUUAGAUUUUAUUUCAAAACAAUUUUAGAAAAAAAUUGGUGUAGUUAUUGUAGUUAAGGAUCAAAAGUGUAUUAUUUUUUCUAUGUCGAUUUCAAACUUCAUAUGUUAUCGAAGGUGUCGAAGGAAAAUCAUAACUUGAUUCAAAUGCAGGCAUUGCUAAAAAUCCAUGUUAAGUAUUAACUGAUUUAUGCAAGUUUUCUAAAUAUGUAUAAUACAAAUCGGUGCUGAUCAUAACGUGCAAGAGAAGUUAACCUGUUCAAUUGUGUCUUGGUUGCUCAUAUACAACUUACAUGUAGUCUUUGUACAAAAUAAAGUUAUUUUCAUACUUAG